AUUUACGUCAAGAAGAGAAAAGGGAAAGAAGAAGAAGAAAACAGAACAGGGGAGAAGGGAAGAACCAAGGUUGCGAGCGAGAGAGAGUAAAGAGAAGAACAACCCAGAAGAGCAACAAACACAAAAGAUUACAACCACUGAAAAAGGUUGUUGCUUUCUGCUAACACUGCGAAGAUGAACGGAGGCCCCUCUGGUUUUACAAAUGCUCCGGUCACAAGGGCUUUCAUCAUCGCCUCAGCGCUUUUCACAAUCUUCUUUGGGAUCCAGGGUCGUUUCAACUCUCUGGGGUUGUCUUAUCAGGAUAUUUUUGGAAAGCUUCGUCUCUGGAAAUUGAUUAUGUCUGUAUUUGCAUUCUCAUCGACACCAGAGAUGAUGUUUGGACUUUACCUGCUAUACUACUUCAGGGUUUUUGAGAGACAGAUAGGUUCCAACAAAUAUUCGGUAUUUAUCGUGUUCUCUGUAUUAACUUCUCUACUGUUUGAGGUGAUUUCUUUAGCACUCCUUAGAGAUCCUGCAGCGAAGCUAGUCACUCCUGGACCUUAUGGUCUCAUAUUUGCUUCAUAUGUACCUUUUUUCUUAGACAUUCCAGUUUCAACACGGAUUCGUGUAUUUGGUAUCCCCUUCUCUGAUAAGUCAUUCAUAUAUCUAGCUGGUUUGCAGCAGCUUGUGUUAUCAUCAUGGAGAAGGUCCCUCUUACCAGGAAUGUGUGGCAUCCUUGCGGGAUCCUUGUACCGUUUGAAUGUCUUUUAUAUCCGAAAAGCAAAGUUCCCAGAUUUCAUCUCAUCAUUCUUCUCACGAUUUUCAUUGCCAUCCAUGGGGAGUCCACGCGGCCCAUCAACAAGGAAUGUUGCGGGAAACGUACCAUCCUAUCCAACUCACCAAAUGGAGAGAAACUACCCUGCUCCAGUACAAUAUGCAGUAGAACCAUCAGAGGACUCAAUCACUACACUUGUUUCGAUGGGUUUCGACAGGAACUCUGCACGACAAGCACUGGUGCAGGCCAGAAAUGAUGUCAAUGUGGCCACAAACAUCCUUCUAGAGGCGCAGUCCCAUUAAUUCCGUAAAUGUUCCGUGUAACGAGAGCGACAUUGUUCCGAAUUGAUACGCACAAAUGAUGAAGUAUAAGGAAUACACUAAUCAUGAUGUGAGGAUGUUUAUGAACUUGAGGGAUUCAUGGUAUUUAUCAUCCUCAGGGUUCCUCCUUUACGGUAAUCAUUUUUUUUCCACCUUAACUUGAAUGUUUAGAUAUCCAUCACAGGAUUGUUAAUUGAUAGAUGAAUGAGAAUUUAGAAGCCUGUACAAAUAACUUGCACAAUAUGGAAAUCAUGCUUAAUUGCUUAUCCUUUGAUGAGAUGUUGAAUCGGAUAUCUGAAGUGGCAGGUUCUUCUUUGUAGUACAUUUUUAUGCUGUUGUCUAUGAAAGCAAUUUUUUUAU